AGAGUGUCUAGAGCAUAUUCCAAAUUAUAAAGUGUAUAGAGCGUAUAGUAUUCUUAUAGAGCGUACAGAGCUUAAAGAGCGUAUAGAGCUUAUAGAGUGUAUAGAGCGUAUAGAGCUUAUAGAGCGUACAGAGCUUAAAGAGCGUAUAGAGCUUAUAGAGCGUACAGAGCUUAAAGAGCGUAUAGAGCUUAUAGAGUGUAUAGAGCGUAUAGAGCUUAUAGAGCGUACAGAGCUUAAAGAGCGCAUAGAGCUUAUAGAGUGUAUAGAGCGUAUAGACCUUACAGAGUGUAUAGAGCUUAUCGAGUGUAUAGAGCGUAUAGACCUUAUAGAGUGCAUAGAGCUUAUAGAGUGUAUAGAGCGUACAGACCUUAUAGAGUGUAUAGAGCUUAUAGAGUGUAUAGAGCGUAUAGAGCUUAUAGAGCAUAUAGAGCGUAGAGAGUGUAUAGAGCAUAUAGAGCAUAUAGAGUGUAUAGAGCGUAUAGAGCUUAUAGAGUGUAUAGAGCGUAUAGAGCUUAUAGAGUGUAUAGAGCGUAUAGAGCUUAUAGAGCGUACAGAGCUUAAAGAGCGUAUAGAGCUUAUAGAGCGUACAGAGCUUAAAGAGCGUAUAGAGCUUAUAGAGUGUAUAGAGCGUAUAGAGCUUUUAGAGUGUAUAGAGCGUACAGAGCUUAAAGAGCGUAUAGAGCUUAUAGAGUGUAUAGAGCGUAUAGAGCUUAUAGAGCUAUAG